CAUUAGUUGUCGAGCAACACUUGUCGAGAGCAGACGUGUUGUAUCGUGUCGCUGCGCGAAGCUAUUGGGUACGCAUUGCGGGUGUUUGUGUUGACUAAUUGCGAAUAAAACUACUGAAAAUCGGUGGAAGCUACGACAACAACUGCCGCAAAAGCCAUUGAAUGGAUUCAAUAAUAAAUAUCGUGUAGAAUUUUAAGUUGACGCUGCGUGUAUGUGUUUGUGCGUGUGCAAAACAAGAAUGGCAAAAAGCAAAAGCAGCUUGCAGAUGUGUGUGCGUGUGUGUGUUUUUUAAAUUGCUAUUAACGCUAGAGAAUUAGCAUUAAAUCAUUAAGCAGUGCCUAUAAAAUAUUUGAAGCGGCACAGGCGAAGGUACAACUGCAUUUCAAUUCAGCGGCGAUUGCAACGCGUUUCUAUUUCGCAGGCGAGUGACUCGCUUGGCACACUGCAUGGAAAUGACAACCACAACGCAGGUGGAGGAGAUCAACACGAAUGGCAAUGGGAGCGGGAGCUUGGAUGGCAGCGCCGUGACCACAAUGCCAACUGCAGCCAACUCCAACUCGAACUCGAGUCCAGCUCUGGCCAAAGCCCAGUCCGUGUCCAAGAGUUCGGGCGGCGUGGGCGUGGCCAGCACACAAAGAGCUGUGGAUGCGACCAAACGCAAGAAACUGAAAUCACGCAGCGCUACAACAACAACAACGGCAGCAGCAGCAGCAGCAGCAGCAGCGGCAGCGGCAUCAGCAGCAACGGGCACAACAACGGCAACAGCAACGAACAGCAAGAACAAAAGCAGCAGCAGCAAUGGCAGCGCACGUGAGCAAUAUGCCAAGGAUCAUCUAGAUGCGUGGCUAGAGAAUUGCCUGCGUGAUGCGACGAAUGCGCAAUUGUCAUCAUCGUCGGAAUUUCUGGACUUUAAUCCAACAACAGCGACCAAGAAGACGUUGGCAGCAGCCGCAGCAGCAACACAACAACAGCAGCAGCAACAGCAGCAGCAGCAACAACAGCAACAGCAGCAACAACAACAGCAGCAGCAGCAGCAACAACAACAGCAACCAUUUUUUAUGCGUUCACACUCGCAACCGUUUGGCAUGGGCGGUGCCACGCCCUUUAGCAUGGGCAUACAGCGCCACCCACAAUCGUUGAGUUACCGCUACCCCAUGCUCUUUCCGCCCCAGUCCAACGGCUACGGCCUGAACUUUGGCCUGCCGCUGGCCGGCGAUGGGGCCCAGGAGUUUGCCAGUCUGCCGCCGCUGGUCAAUAUGCUGGGCGGCUUUGGCGCCAGUCCAGAGCACGACCAGAACUCCACGGACGUUAUAGAUGGCAGCGGCAGCAAUCCGAACAUAAGUCGCGGCUUUCGCUUUAGUGAUCCCUGCCUGCUGAAUCCCUCGGACAAUGACUCCAAGCUGAGUGGCCAGAAUACGCCGGACUGUCGCAAUGGCAGUGGCAGUGGCAAUGGCAACGGCGCCCCAGUCUCGACCAAUGGCAACGGCAGCGACGUCGAUCAGCAGAAUAAAUUCUUUGCCGCGCUAAUGGAACAGAUUAACAUAUUGCACGAAACGAAUUCGAAAAUUUGUCGCAAUUUGCACGAAACGAAAGUUGAUAUCGAAGCUUUGAAGCACGCUCCCAAUGGCCAGCCGUGGGCUGGCGGCGGGGGCAUGCGGCACCGUAGAGAUAGCUUGAGUGGAUUAAGCACACAAAGUCAACCAUUGGUAUUUGGCGGCGGAUUCGGUGGCACGCAUAGUCCAGCGCCCACUUUUCAUUCAGGUGCCUACACGCCCGGCAUGAUGACGGAUGUGGUGCGCGAGGUCAAGGAGGCGGCGCGUGUGCGUGAGGAUGCGCUGCUCAAUCGCGUCAAGUCCAUGGUGGAGGAGCGUCAGUGGUCCAUGAGCGAGGGCAACGUGCGCAUACUGCGUGAUAUAGAUGAGCUCAAGGCGCAGGUAAUGCAGCUGCGCGUGGAGCGCAAGGAGACGAACAAACGCGUGUCGCAUCUGGAGGCGGAGAACAAAUAUCUCCGUCAGGCGCUGGCCAGUUUGUUCAAUCAGCGACAGGCAUAUCACGAUAUAAUCUACGAGAACGAACGCGCUCGAGGCGCGCGCACCAAAACGCCCUUUGGCUUUCCCAAUGGCGGCGCACGACGUGCACAUUCGUUGAAUCUGCACUAUGGCACCGUGCAUCAGGCACCGGCGCCGCCCACCCAGCUGCUGGACGAGGACGAUGAGGAGGAGCAGCUGCAGGAUGAGGAUAAUGAGGAGUUGGCUAGCAGCAAGCGCCUGUCCAGUUCCAGCAACGAAUCUCGCAGCAACGGCCUGGCCACGCCCAUUAAACAGUCGCCGCAAUCGCAACCUGUGCAAAGUCCGCCCAAGUUCGCAUUGUUGGGGGAGCAGGUGGCGUCGACACCAACGCCGCCGCCGCUGCUGCCUCGCAAGAAGGAGCAUGCGCAGCUGAAGCGCGAGCUCAGUGAAGCGACCAGCGCACGUAAGGAGGCCAAUCAGCGUAUCAUAGCACUCGAAAAAUUGGUUAAAGACCUAAGCGCCCAGGUGGCGAGCCAACCAAAUUGGAAUCCAAAUGUGACUGCACCCAUGGCUGCCGCCGGCGCCGCCACGGCCAACAGACUCAGCCUCGCCGGCGGACCCAUUACGGACUUAUAGUUCUAGCUAACCGGCUGCGGCGAUCCAAGCACGCCCGGCACCAAACAACCGAUGACACCGACUGGCUUGCGUGUUACCCACUUAUAGCAGGCACCAAAGCCUCGGACUCAACAGCGGCGACUGCACACAUUUCGUUUCAAAAUUAUUUAUAACUCUCUAACCUAUGCAUAAAUCAAGAGUGGAGACCGUGUUUAAUACACACACGCCCACAUAUGUAAGCACAUCUAUUUAUAUAAGCCAAAUGAUCAUGUUAAAGGCCAAAUCCUCAGUAUACCCAGCAAAUCCACAGUUCAGGCCGCACAAAACUU